AGGAUGGGUGCGGGGUGCGGCUGGGGCCAGAAGCAGGGCACAGAGAGCGGUGAUUCCCAGUCCAGUCCCAGGGCAAUGACGUUCAGGAGCUGCUUCCCCCCUCCCUCUCCGAUUCCCUCUCCAGCUCCCGGGGGAUAACGCCGGCAGACGGGCGCCGGUGUCGGCUCAGCCGCCGGAAUUCGCUUGUAGCCAUUCCCAUUCCAGUUGAUCCGGGAAACUUCCUCGCGGGAGGUGUUUGCCAUCCUCGGACAGGAGCCGCAGUGGGCAGCAAGGGGCUGACUUCCAGCAGGGAAUUGGAAAGGCUCCCAGAGCCCCGGCCGGGGCAGGGCUGCUCCUCGGUGCUGCCGGGUGUCGGUCACUCGGAGACGGGAAGGGAAACGCCUGCGGCUGGGAGGUGCUGCUGCCUCAGGAAAUCAGGGAACACCGUCGGCUCUCAGGGCAUGGAAAGGUGCGCGGGUGAGCUCACCUGGGCAUCCCCUGCCGCGCCAGCCCCGCGGCACCGCCGCCCCCCGCCCUGCCCCGUUUUUCCCGAGGGAAAUGUGGAAUCGCAGCCGUGGCGUGCUCCAUCUCCUUGGAGAUGGUCCCUCGCCCUGUGCCGGGGCUGGGAGCCAGCUCUGGGGCUGCGGAAUGCAGCGGGGCUGGAGCUGGGGGGCCUGCGGGCCUGGAGCGGGCAGGUGGCCCCUGCCAGGGGCAGGGCCAGGGAAGGGGUGUUUCCAUGCCAGGGAAGGGGUUAUUCCAUGCCAGGGAAGCGUUUAUUCCAUGCCAUUCCGUGUUGGCAUCGGUGUUUGCUUUGCUGGGCACCAACAAAGCAUUUCCUGGGAUUCCUGGUGCCGGCGUCUUGUUCGAACCAGGUCAGCGGGAUGUGGGAGCUGCCCGGGAUGCGUGUGAGCCUCUGCUGGGAGGGCGACUGGAUUUGCCUUCGGGAAUGAAACCGAGGGAGAACCAAAGCCGCCCUGCCUGCCCUUCCAGCGCUUCCAGGCGCUGCGAUGCGGAGCAGCCCGGCAGGAGCCCUGCAGGUGGUAGCAGAGCUCCACCGCAGCCACCGCUGCCAGGGCCCGCAAUUCCACUGCUCCCAAAAGCGCUUCCCGCACUUCUUUCCAGAAGAGAAAAGGGGCCUCUGCUCGCUCUGGCCACGGAGCGUGAGCUCGGCCACGCUGCACGGCCGGGAAUGAGAUCCAUGGGCUGGACCUGGGGCUGAUGGAGGGGGAGUGAGGAAGGAGAUCCAUGAUGUGGACCCUGGAUUGAUGGAGUGGGACCAGAGAAGGAGUUCCGUGACUGUGGGUCCUGGAUUGAUGGAGCAGGACUGAGAAAAAGGUCCAUGGUAUGGAACCCAGGUGGAUGGAGCAGGACCAGGGAAGGAGAUGCAUGGCCUGUACCAUGGAUUGAUGGAGCAGGUCCACGGCAUGGAUCCUGGGCUGAUGGAGCAGAUCCACAGCAUGGAUCCUGGAUUGAUGGAGCAGAUCCAUGGCAUGGAUCCCAGACUGAUGGAGCAGAUCCAUGGCAUGGAUCCUGGAUUGAUGGAGCAGAUCCAUGGCAUGGAUCCCAGACUGAUGGAGCAGAUCCACAGCAUGGAUCCUGGAUUGAUGGAGCAGAUCCACGGCAUGGAUCCCAGACUGAUGGAGCAGAUCCACGGCAUGGAUCCCGGGCUGAUGGAGCAGAUCCACGGCAUGGAUCCCAGACUGAUGGAGCAGAUCCACGGCAUGGAUCCUGGAUUGAUGGAGCAGAUCCAUGGCAUGGAUCCUGGAUUGAUGGAGCAGAUCCAUGGCAUGGAUCCCAGACUGAUGGAGCAGAUCCACGGCAUGGAUCCUGGAUUGAUGGAGCAGAUCCACGGCAUGGAUCCCAGACUGAUGGAGCAGAUCCACGGCAUGGAUCCUGGAUUGAUGGAGCAGAUCCAUGGCAUGGAUCCUGGAUUGAUGGAGCAGAUCCAUGGCAUGGAUCCCAGACUGAUGGAGCAGAUCCACGGCAUGGAUCCUGGAUUGAUGGAGCAGAUCCACGGCAUGGAUCCUGGGCUGAUGGAGCAGAUCCAUGGCAUGGAUCCCAGGCUGAUGGAGCAGAUCCACGGCAUGGAUCCUGGGCUGAUGGAGCAGAUCCACGGCAUGGAUCCCAGACUGAUGACACUGGCUGCUCAGGAGGAGCCAGGAUUUACCUGGAGGGGUCGCUCAGGGGGUUUCAGUACAAUCCUGAUCCCCUUAAACCCAGCCCAGGCAGAUUUACAACAUAACACCGAGCACUGGGAAGAGAUUUCCACAGCCAGCAGCGCUGGGAGAUGAAAAGGCAUUUCCAGCAGCACCUGACUGUCCCUGGCUGUUUUAAACAGCUUUAGGGAAGAGGUUAUUUGGGAUUUGCCAUCCCAGUGCUGGCAGGGAGCUGCACGGGGCUGGCUGCAGCAGGGAUUAGGAUUUACAGUGGUCACCAGCAGGCUCAGCCAGGCUGGGCUUUCCUGGCAGUGCUCCCAGUGGAGCUGCUGGCUCAGGGUCGAGUGAGUAUUCCUGCUAUCCUGGAGGAAAACUAUGGAAAAAACCCUGAAAUCCCACCCUGGGAUGGUGUUGGGUGAUUGGGGUCCCACCAGCUGGGCCCUCCACCCUCCUCACUGGGGCACCCAGCCUGCACCCGGAGCUGGAGCGGCGCCCGUGUCCCUCAGGAUUUUGGGGUUUGGCUCCCAUUUCAGUUGCAAGGAUUUGAUUCUCCUCACAGAAAGCCCUGACGGUAAUGGCCGAGGAUCUCAUCUGGCUGGGGGGAGGCUGUUAGUUGUGGAGAAGGUUCUGACAAGAGCAGGACAAAUAACCCCUGCCACGGCAGUAACCACAGCUCCCCGAGCCUCCUCCAUCGGAGGCUUUUGAAGCACAAUCACUUGGUUGGGUUUUUUCCCCUUUCCAGAACAUCUAAAACCUGAAAAGGUCAUUUCCCCCCCACUGUUCUGUUUUAUUAGGAAAAAAAAAAAACCACCCCGGAAAACACAAACUGAAAUGCAGAAAUAAUAUUUCUGGAACAGUGCUGGGGAGAGGUGAGGCAGGAAUUCAGGGAUUUGAGGGUGGUAUUCACCCCACCCACACCAUGGGCUGGACAACGUCUCCAUGGAGAGAACUUCCCCAUAUCCCAGCUAAACAUCCCCUGGGGCAACCUGAGGCUGCUCCCCCUUGGCCUGUCCCUUGUUCCCCGGGAGCAGAGCCCGACCCCCACCUGGAUCCCCCCCUUUGUGAGAAGUUGUGGCAGUGCUCAGGAUGGACUUUCUAAAACCAGGGAUAACAAUGCCCGGUGGGAAGCGCUCCAAGGGGCCGGCUGGGCUGCUCCUUCUCCCAGAACUCUGGGAACAUCAGCACCCACCCCUGCUCCGGGCAGGAAUCCCCUCUCCGGGUGCUGCCUGCGAGGGGCAGGGCAGGGCAGGAGGCUGGCUGCCUCUGGAAUCAGGGCUCCAUGGCAAACAAAGGGGCUCCUUCCCGGCUGUUCCAGGGUUCUGGGAUGAUGUUUGCUGAUAACCUCGGCUCUCUCACACUGUGAUCACAGCCCCGUGGUCGGGAUUCAGCUCGUGCAGGAUAAUUUGGCAUUCUCCCAGCACCAGCACUGCUAAGAGCCAAGGAUUUUAGGAAAACUUCUUGGAGAAGUCCGUUGGCAGCUUGGAUUGAUGGAACAGGACUGAGGGGAAAGGUUCUGACCUUUUCCUGUGACCUCCAGGUGUCCAUCAGGCCUCAGCUGCUGCCACAGGGAAAUGCAAGGUGCUAAAAAUGGCCUUUUUUGCCCCCAAAAGCUUCAUGAUUGAAUUUGAGUGUGGCUGCAGCCACCACCUGCCUGCUGCCUUUAUAUUUGAGCAUCCACUGGUGGGAGCAGCACAGGAAAAUCUUCCAAGAAAGGUAGAAAAUGGAUAUUUUCACUGCCAGGGCAAUUGGUGGGAUGGGAGCUGGGGUGUCCCUGGAGAAGGGGGAGGAUGGAUCACCCAGAGGUCCUGGCAGCUGACCCCGUGCAAGGUCCUGGUUGGCCUGGGCCAUGGAAGGUGAUCCCUGAGUGUGUUCCCAGCUCUCCAGUCCCGUUCCUUGUGCUGGAGAACCAUAAAAUCCCAGACUGGGUUGGGCUGGAAGGACCUUAAAGCUCAUCUCCUUGCCAAAGUGUUAUUAUUUCUUGACAAAACUCUUAUUUCUCUCUCGAAGACAACAUUUAGGUUGCUUGGAGCAGGUUCAAAUGUCAGCUGAGGUUCCCAGGAGGGCAGGAAUUCCCAUCAGGAAGCGUGGGACAUGCUCAGGUCCAUAAAACCUCUCCAGGUCCUGCAGAGCCUCCCUGCCUAUUAUAAAGCAUUUAUUGAAAGUUAAGUUUUGUGUGAGAGCUUAUUAAAAAAGUGUGCUUUAUGGAUUUAAUUAAAGUUCUGCAUAUGAGACCUUGCUAAUCCUGUUUGUGCUGCAACUGUAUUAACGUGCUAAAAAUCAAUAUAUUUGAGUUUAAAUAUUUUAUUAUGGCAAGCCAUUAAAUAUUAAUGAUGUAACAAGUAAUCAGUGUCACUGCUUCUGUCUGUUCCGGGGGAAAUCUGCAGGAAAGGAGAACAAAAGCAAUCUGCCGGCUCGGUUUGGUGAUUCUUUGUGGCUCAGCUCAGGAAUCAAAGGUUCUCAGGGAAAGCAGCCAUGGGAAUAAUUAAACUGUGCUGCUGCAAGAGCCUGAUUAAGAGGGAGAAACCUUUGUGAUCUCUGACAAAUGGACUCAACCCGGACUCUUUUAGUUCAGCCUCACUGAAAGCACAAUUGAACGGUUCAGGUGGAACCCAGCAGCCCCUCCGUGCCCAGCCCGUGCCCCCGACAGACCCACAGGGGCUGGGGCUGUCCCUGUGUGCCAGGGAGGGGACUCUGCCCCCUGAGCCCCACCCUGGCCAGGCCCUGAGGGGACGCUCUGCCCCGGGGGCUCUCAGCCCUCCAGGACUGAGAUUUAAUAACCAGAGACCGUGUCCGGUGUUUUUCCCCCAAAAUACAAAUAAGAGAAAGUAAAAACAUGCUUUGUGUGUGGUUAUAGUGUUACAUAACCCAUCCAUGCGUAUUUACCCAGCUCUGGCUGCACAGCUCCUCUGCAGAACAUUCCAGCUGCUCCCUGUUUCCCAGCGCACUGUUCCUCCUGCCUGGAGCUGCCCUGGGAAGGGCAGCGCUGCUGGAAUCUCACCCCUGCUCCCACUGCUGCUUCAGGGCACGGGGUGGGCUUUGCCAGGGGCUGAGCAGAGGCUGGCACAGCCCUGCCUCCCCCAGGGAUGGAUCGGUGUCCCCAGAGCUGUCCCAGGGGAGAUGCUCCAAUACCCCCCUGGAAGCCCCACUUUUCCAUGGCAAACCCACAGGAGCUUGGAAUCCUCCCCAGCAGCUGCUGGAGAGGAGGCACCAAGGCAGAAUCCCAGAAUCCCUGGAAAAGCCCUCCCAGAACCCUCUGGCUGCCCCAGGGUCAGUCACGGAAUCCCAGGAUCCCUGAGGCUGGAAAAGCUCUCCAGGGUCACCGAGUCCAGGCUGUGCCCGAUGCCCACCGUGUCCCCAGCCCGGAGCCCCCAGUGCCACGUCCAGGAAUUCCCUGGGCUCCAACCCAUGCGCACGAUUGCCAUCGUGGCUCAGGCCAUCCGUGGAUGUGCCCGAGGGCAGGUGAGCCCGGAGCCCUGGCUCUGGCAUUCCACAGGCCCAGGAGAUCUUGGAUUUCAGGAUCUGGCUCUGUGCUGACCUGGCUGGAAGCUGCGGAUCCAGAAUUCCCUGAUCCUCCUCCAGCUUCCCUCCUCCCUCCUGUGCCUCCAGCAAACACGGCUCUCUGGGAAUAUUUGUUGCUGCUGCUGCUGGGUUUGGUUGUUUUUUUUUUAUUUUGCCUUUGCACUUCUGCAACUUAAAAAUGCUGGAACUAAUUUCGCCUCCUGCAUUUAUUUUCCCCAAGUUCCCGAGUGCCCGAGCUGCUCCUCCAAUUACCUGCAGCCCAGGGAGAUGCUUUCCUGCCUAAUUAAAGGAAACAACAGCAACAAGGCAGCCUCAGGCAGCCUGGGCUGGAGCAGCGUGAGGGGAACUGGGGCAUCCAGAGGCUGGACUGGUGCCACUGGGCCUGGGGACCCUCUCCAGGGGCAGGCACUGGGUGAUCCCACCUGGAUCAUGGGAAAGGAUCCAGGUGUUCCUGUGCCUGAGCACAGGAGUUUCCCACCCCAGGUGUGACCUCAGGACUGACUUGUCCCCAAAGUUGGAGCUCCCAAAACCGUUCCCAGGCACUGGGAACAUCCUGGGGGUGCAGCCUCAGCACUGACCAGGGCAGGGGGGGCAGCUCCGUGCCAAACGCCAGGAGAGA